AAGUGCUGCGUCACGUGGCCGCACCCGGAAGCGGCGGCGGAGCGGCGGCACCGGCGGCGAUGAGCGGCGGGGCCGAGGCGGGGGCUGGGGCCGGGGCCGAGGCCGGGCGGAGGGUCCACAUCGUGGUGGAGUAUUGCGAGCCCUGCGGCUUCGAGGCCACCUACCAGGAGCUGGCAAGCGCUGUGAAGGAGGAGUACCCCGACAUCGAGAUCGAGUCCAGGCUGGGGGGCACAGGUGCCUUUGAGAUCGAGAUCAAUGGGCAGUUGGUCUUCUCCAAGCUGGAGAACGGAGGCUUUCCCUACGAGAAGGAUCUGAUCGAAGCCAUUCGCAGGGCCAGGAAUGGAGAACCCCUGGAGAAGAUCACCAACAGCCGCCCCCCCUGCGUCAUCCUGUAGCCCCCUGCCCGGCUGGGGUCUGCCACUGCCCCCCAGCCUUGCUCCUCACCACCUCCAUUAGCCUCCUGCACGGCCAGGGACGUCGGGGGACUGCCGGAGCGGGAGGAGCUGCCCUGGGGAUG